AUGACGAUAUUAGUAUCCACCUCAAACUCUCCUAAACCUCAAAUCAUGACUGAGAUGAGGAAGGAUUUGCCAAGGCUCGUCCCUGUAUCCACGUCCACGUUGUGCAAGUUUAGGGUUUCAUUGUGUCAAGUGAUCAAACAACCCAAGGCACCAGAGAAAACCAAAAGGAAGAACCAGAAGAAAAUAUACAAGAAGAAGAUGAAAGAAGAGAAAGGAAAGAGAGGUUUCAUCAGACCCAGGUUGGUUUUUCCUGUUAAGAAGAUGACUUCUAUAAUUUCUGCUGCCUUCAGACGCAAGAAACCACUUAAAGGUGAAAACAGAGAACAGAGAGAUGAUUCUGAAAAAGAGACUACUGAAGCUGCUGAGACCAUGGCUGUUGUUAAGACAAAACCUAAGCAUAAUUCACUUCAGAAGAAGAGUUUUUGUGGCAGGGCAAGAACUCGACUGAAGAUACUCAUCUUAGGGCAACGAUUGAAGACGAGAAGAAAAAGAACGAGAAGACGAAGAAGCAUAAGCGAGGGCAAUGGAGAAGAGGAGCUGUGCAAGAAGAGAAUACUAAUGGGUGAAAGAUGCAAACCGAUAAACAGGUCAGGUGUUUUGAAGUAUGAUGGUGAUGGGAUUCUUGUCCCCGAGCCAUGA